CCGCCUCCCUCCACUCAUCUCCUCCCCACCCAGCUCACCACGCGCAGCAGCGAGCACCAAGCAGAGCAGGGGAGAGAGCAGAGCGCCAGCAGCCGUCCGAUCCUUCGCCGCAAAAGCAAGAGGCUGAUCCGAUGGCUCUCGCUCUCUCCGGCUCUUCCGCGCUCCGCGCCGCCCUGUCCACGCUGGCCCCGAGGGCCUCGGCCACCAGGGGCUACGCGGCGUCGGCGGCGUACGGGGCCAUGCGGCGGGCGGCUGCGGCCGCGGAGGGCGCCGCCGCGGGGGAGGCCAAGGAGGCCGGGCGCGGCGCCGCCGCCGAGAUCUCGUGGGUCCCCGACCCCGUCACGGGCCACUACCGCCCCGCCAACUGGGCCGCCGCCGCCGACCCCGCCGACCUCCGCGCCGCGCACCUCGCCCGCACCUACGCCAGGGCGUGAGGAGGGCCCCGUUUGCCGCCGUCUGAUAUAACAUACCAAAGGGGAAGGGGUGGUGGGGGUUCGUUUGGCUUGGCGUCGUCGUCGCGCGCGCUCCGGUGACGGCGGCGGGCCGGCAUGGCCGUGGAGGAAGUCCUCGGUUGGUUGGUCGCUGUGCAACUUGACGCCUCAACAUCUCGGCUCGGCCAAAGGGAGAAUGAAGAUACAAUACAAUACAGGAAGAGCGGCCUCCGGUCGCCGUGGUGUGCGUGCGUGUGUGGGCUGGAUGCCCUGUUCUCAGCUAGCGCUCUCUUAUCCUAUCAGAUUCAGAGCAGGGUUUUGCUGAUGUUCUACGUUUUGUUACUCGCUAUCACCAGAAAUAAAAAAGUUCCUUGCAGUUUGUUCUAAUUCC